UGAAACAGUAAGAGUUUACACUAAUCACUUGCGUUCUCUCCAGUGAGAGACAGAAUUAUAAUUCUGCUAAGAAUCUAAGGUAGAAAACUAACAAGUGAAACAUGGUCUUUCCUUUCUUCUAUGAUGAUGCCCUGUACUAUUUGGAGUUUGCAGAGGAACACUGGUGUUUGACUAAUGGUUUGAAGAAUCAAAUGCUGAUCCUUAGACAGGAUCUGAGAUUUCUGAGGACGUAUCUGUUAUGCAUGGAGUUGUUGAAGAAGGUUUCUCUUAUCAGUUUUAGCAGAUCAAAGCCGCUUAUUUCCAGCAUAGAAGCUGCCUCCUCCGAGGCAGCCCAGUGCCUUUACAAAGCUCUUUCAGUUACGAGAACAAUCCAGGGUCUUGCCAGUGCGGUUUCUUUUAUAGCAAAUAAGGUCAAGUGUUUUGAGCCAAAUAUACAGCAAGAUUACACAUUAUUGUUGAAUCAGCAUUCAUGGGAUUCAUCAUCAUCCAACUACUCAUCAUUGCAUCCCGCACGCCUUACGGAUUUGUGUGAUUUUGUCAUAAAUAACUUAGAUGAUCUUCUUGAGUCGAAAAAUCUGAUCUUGUCAUUGAAGAAGCAAAUGGAAGUUCUUGUAAAGAAGCUCAAGUUUCUUAAGAAUCUCAUAUCUGAUACUUCUUGGAGAGAUGAUGCAAGGCAGGUAAUGGGAUCUUUUAUGCAGUAUGUUCCGUCUGUGACCAAGGUAGCAGCAUGUUUGUCCUAUCUGUGUUGGGUUGGUGAAACGAAUUAUAGAUACAAAGCACGUGAAGUGGAGAUUAAGCUUUCUGAUCUGCUACAGAAGUUUAAGACUGAUACUGCAGAGCUCAUUGAGAUGCAUGUUACGCUUCUCAGCGCUUCGGCAAAGGAAAAAUCGGGUGAUGGUAAAAGAGAAGCUCUGAAUUUUGUCAAUUUCCUCAUGGAAAACUCAGUCAGCUUCAUGAAUGACCAAAAUGUUAUCAUCUUUGAAGAGAUGGUUUUCCUGAUGGAGUUUGUGAUCAAGCCCCAAACUUAUCCGAUCACAAGAGAUUAUUACCAAAUAUCAGCAGAUAUUAAAGCAACGGCCAAGGAGGUAGGAUGUUUCGAGUACAAUUUUCUUGUCAACAAAGCAACAGAGGACCAACUGAGGGAUAUGAAUCGUAUGUUUGCUAGCUUGCUGGAAAAGAUGAAGCUGAUCAAAGCAGAGAUAUUUCUGAUACAGCUACAGGACUCUCAGGAAAGUUUCAUUGCAACUUCGAAGGAUAGAAUGAUAGGCCUUCACCAGAGUCUGGGAUUCCUGAGAUCGUUCCUCAGUGAUCCACUUGAGAAGGAGAAGGAGGAUAUAAAGCAGCUCAGUAAAGAUGCAGCAACAAUGGCUCGUGAGAUUACGGCCCUCAUUCACUUGAUGCACGAAAAGAAGGUGACCAAAGAGACGGUAAGGGAAGUGAAUCUUGAAAUUUUUUUGCUGCUGGAAAAGAUAAAGCUCAUUGAGGGAGAGUCAUAUUUGAUGAGGCUAAAAGACCAAAAGGCUGAAUUCAUAGCCCCUAUUAAUGAUCAAAUUCUAACCCUUCAUGAGGGGCUUAAAUAUUUUAGAGAAUUUCUCAUGGAUCCCUCAAAAAUGGAGGAAGAUACGGAGGAUGGAAAAUUAUUCUUGAAACAUUUUGAAGCUGUGACUAAAGAGUCAUCUUCCUUCAUACUCUCAUUUUGGUCCGAUGAAAAUGCAAAUGAGGCAAUUGAUGAAGCCAAUUUUCAGUUGCUCAAGUUACUCGACAAGAUUAAUCUUGUCAAGGCAGAGAUCUUUUUAGCAGAACUACAAAGCCACGAUGCUAGCUGGAUGAUCGAUAUGAAGGAUCCGGUUCAAACUCUUCAAAAGGUUCAAGAGGGGGUAAGAUUUCUCAGGAUCGUUCUCUUGGAGUCUCCUAAGGAGUUCAAGGAAUUUGGCGAACAGAUCUGGAUGAAACUCGAAGCUCUGACCAAGGAAGCCACAUGUCUAGUUUUCUUGCUCGGUGAUAAUUUAACGAAAGAAGACAUGUCCAAGGAAAUGAACCGUUCGCUUUCUGAUUUGAUAGAUAAAAUAGUGCUUUUGAAGGCUGAGAUCGGGCAAAGUUAUCUCCAAAUUCCGCAGCCAUAUCCCAAGACUGAUGAUCUUGGCUUUCUAAGCUCGUUCUUGGGAAAUCUGAGGGAGCUACUUGACUGCAAUGCUAUUUCAAUUGCUUCUGCAAAGCAUCAGCUUGACAUGGUAUAUAUGGACUUGGACUUCCUCAUAUCUUUCCUCAUAAAAAGUGUAAAGCAACAUCAUGACCAUGAGGAACUGAAAGUUCUUCGGACUAGAAUUACAAAAAUUGCAUAUGAACUAGAAUAUGCUGUUGACUCCUUUGUGGUUGGAGAUGGCCCCCUAUGCAUUCGUAUGCUAUGGCUUUCUGCUGUCAUAGAAGAGAUUAAACUUUUAAAAGCAAACAUGAUUGAGAUUUCUGACGAGAAAAGGUUUGACUCUGAAGCGGAUAGAGGUGCCAAGACCUCCAGUGAGGCACAAUCACAAGCUAGUAGCCCAACAGUUGAUGAGGUUGUGAUAGGUUUCGAAGAUGCAGAAAGGGGGGUUGUCGAUCGACUAACAAGAGGAACAAUGGAAAGGGAUAUCAUCCCAAUUGUAGGCAUGGCUGGGCUUGGCAAGACAACUCUGGCCAAGGAAGUGUUCAAUAACCCUACUGUUACCAGCCACUUCUAUGUUCGUGCAUGGUGCUGCAUCUCUCAAGUAUAUAACAAGAGACAGUUACUACUUGAUAUCUUGAGCCAAAUCAGUGAGACCACUGACCAAAUCCAGAAAAAGGAUGCCGAAGAUGUGGCCCUAGAAUUGCGCAAAAGGCUAAAGAGGAGAAGAUAUCUCAUCGUCAUGGAUGAUUUGUGGGAUAUCGAAGCAUGGAACGACUUGAGAGAUUCAUUUCCCAAUGAUAACAAUGGAAGUAGAGUUUUGUUUACCAGCCGAUUGGAAGAUGUAGCUUUUGAAGCUAAGUCAGGUUGCAAACCUUACUUCCUUCAUCUACUUUCUAGCAUUCAAAGUUGGGAGUUAUUGGAAUUAAAGUUGUUUGGAAAAGAAGGUUGUCCUCCAUCGCUGCAGGAAGUCGGGAUGGAAAUUGCACGGAAGUGUGACGGACUACCUCUGUCAGUUGUUGUGAUAGCGGGUUUGCUUGCAACAACAGAAAAGACACCUCUUAGUUGGGAACAAGUUUCGAGAAAUUUGAGCUCUCACAUUGUUACGGAUCCACAAAUGGGGUGCCUGCGUGUACUGGAGUUGAGUUACCUGCACUUGCCAGAUUAUUUGAAGAGAUGCUUUCUUUACUUUGCAGCCUUUCCGGAGGACCAUGAGAUUCCAGUAUCAAAGUUGUCAAGGCUAUGGAUUGCAGAAGGGUUUUUGCAAGAAACUGGUGUUAAGAGAUUGGAGGAUGCUGCAGAGGACUGCUUACUAGAUUUGAUACAUAGAAGCCUAGUUAUCGUGGCCAAAACAAGAUCAGACGGUAGGGUGAGAUCAUGCCGCAUUCAUGAUCUACUGCGGGAGCUAUGCCAGAGAAAAGCUCAAGAGGAGAACUUUUUCCAGCUUGUCCACGGGUAUGAUGAACAUUUCGCCACUACUCCUGAUGGUAAAGUUCACAACCUCGCUGAUUCUUUUUCCACAAUUCCUCCGAAAUACAAACAACGUCGGCUGUGCAUUUGUUCCAAAAGGGAGCAUUUUACCAUGUUGAGGCCUUGUGGUCCUCGUGUACAUAGUCUACUAUUUCUGGCCUAUAAUGAUUGGUUCCCAAGGCAACCUUAUGACAUUUCAUUCAUUUCUAAAAACUUUAAACUUCUAAGAGUGCUGGAUUUGGAGAGCAUCAACAUGGGUAGUUCUUUUCCCACUGGACUGGAACUACUUGUUCAGUUGAGAUACUUAGCUCUCAGAGGAGCUGUAAAUUCUGUUCCAACAUCAAUAGCUAAGCUCAGGAAGUUAGAAACUUUUCUUCUGAAGGGACUAUCUGGCGAAGUUGAAAUUCCGGACGCAUUUUGGGAAAUGGAAAGCUUAAGGCAUGUCCACAUAAAUGACCGUGCUGCAUUCAUUUUGGAUGACAAUAAGCUUGAAACCCGAUGUGUAUUGGGCAAUCUGGAUACCCUUUCUACACCAGUUCUUCGUCCUGGCAGAGCUACAGAGAAAAUAAUGAGAAGGCUACCUAAACUUCGGAAACUAAGAUGCAUUUUUAUGGAGUCAUGGAAUUUUCCGGUGCUGGAUGCUCUGACUUCCCUCGAGUCACUCAAGAUAUUUUAUCAUGGUAGAGUUGCUUAUCCUUGUAAAUUUAGCUUCCCUGCAAAUCUCAAGAAGUUGACACUGUCAAAGUUUCGCCUACCAUGGACUGAAAUAUCAACAAUCGGGAGACUACCAAACCUUCAGAGUUUGAAAUUACUCUUUAAAGCUUUUGAGGGACGGGAAUGGGAACCAAAAAAAGGAGAAUUCCAGAAUCUCAAAUACCUGAAAUUGGACAAGCUGGACAUUGCUCAGUGGAAAGCUUCCAAUGAUCACUUUCCCUCCCUUGAGCAGCUAGUCUUGCAAAGAUGUACGCAGCUUGAGGAGGUGCCAUUAAGUUUUGGGGAGAUCCCCACAAUACAGAUAAUUGAGGUGCAUUGGUGUGCCGAAGCUGCUGCUGUUUCUGUCAAGAAAAUCGAGGAAGAACAAAGGGACUCCGGAAAUGAGGAGCUCAAGGUCCUUAUUUCCGGACUGGAGAUAUAGAAGCCCUUUCUGUAGUUUCUUUCUCAUGUCGACAGGCUGACAGCACUGGAGAAAAUUUUUAGCUGAAGGCAGGUUCCAGAUUACACUAUUUUCCCUCUGCUUAUCUUGGCUGCAUUUCCAACGUUACUCUAUUUUUCCGCUGCUUAUCGUUACCGUCUUUCCUCCUGAAGAUGAUCAAGAAGAAAUGGCACUCUCAAAGUUCCUAUCCUGCCUGGAUCAGAUUUCCAGGGUUCUGUGUCGCACGUUUGUUGAGGUUUUUAAUUUCAAAGUUUCGCAUAUUAAUUUGAACUUGCAGACUCUAUGCUUCACGAUUGAAUUUGAUUUGCUGUAUCAUUUCUCUUUUUCCCCAAAAUGACUUUUUGUUUUUUGGGUUUUGUUAGCAUGUAAGGAAAUUUGUGGCCUGUCAGAAAGAAAGGCGCAAUUACAACGUUACAAAUGCCAGCAGACCAUUUUCAUUUUCUCUA